AUGGACCAAGAGUUAGUCCCUUUAGAAGCUGGGGUGCCAAGACCUAGACCAGGUCGACAAGCAAGCGUUCCCAAUAGAUCCUGUUACAAGGGUCCCAUAAGAUUAUGCAGGCUGCUCAUUUUGAUGAUUGUGCUCCCAUCUAUAUGUAUCUUCACUCCACUAUAUAUGAAGUAUCGUGUCUUCUCCGGCCAAAUGUAUCCUAUGAGUAUGACAGAUAUGCGGCUCAUUGAUGGCAAGAUAUCACCUACUUGGUGCCAGACACAAGUAGUAAAAUCUAAUGCUACAUUCAACGCGUUCGUAGUCCCAGAUUUUCCAGAGUUGACUGAAGACUUAGUUCCUGUCUCAAUGACACGACAGCUUGAACUGGAGGAUGAUAUGAAGGAGUACUGGGGCUUUUACCUACUGAAGGGAUCUACUGUGACUGUAUCAGCCUGUUGCAGAUGGCCAGGUGCAUCACUAAUAAUGAUAAAAGGCUACAAACACCUGCAGGAGUGCGCGUACAUUGGCGACGACUCGUCUGAAGAACUGGACGAACUACUAGAAGCACACCAGCUAGGCCUCAUGAACAAUGCCACGCUCUGGGAAAAGAUUAUGCAGCUGAAAAAAGAAGAUGGAAAAGCUAAUGAUCCUGAAGCAAUGAAGCGCCACAAGGCUGGUGUGAGUUUUCACGAUCCUUCCCACGUCAGUAACGUUACAUCAUCUGCAGAGGUCCCAGACAUUGAUGUUACUGACCACGAUCCUAAAGAAUUACGAGCAAUACUGGAGCACCUACAUGCACUACGUCAGGCGGCAAAGAACGAAGAGCUAAAACACUAUCGUCCACCACCACACCUUAUGUCUCUACCUAGCUUACAUCGUCAUAGAGACACCAAUGUAGAUAAGGAUGAAAGACAAUGGAUCUCUUUUAAAGAUAUUGAUGGGAACUCAAGUAUCUCAGCGACAGAAAAGACUGAAUUAGAUAUUAAUAUUAUUAACAGUUCACACGUUAAUAGUAAUCUAAAUAGCACCGCAGAUUAUAGUAUUAUAAAUAAUACAACUCAAAUAAAAAAUGAUAGCAUAGAUACCGAAACUAUGAAAGUUAAUAAUUCUAAAGAAAUAUCAAAUGAUGUAGAUAAAAUGAACGAUAAACAAAAAGAAUCCGAGAAUGACGCAGAGAGCUCGAAGGAAGUGUUUCUCGAAGUUCUAAAUCGUCUUCAAGCGCUUGGAGAUAGGGGAAAGAGAGUUCUCGUGAGGCUACACGAAAGUAUGGGAGUAGGAUAUAAAGAUAAGGAUACGCCAGACGUGACUCAAGUGAUGUCAGCGGUGAGAGGAAGUGACGAAGAACUAGAACGUCUCCGGAAGGUGCUGGUAGAAGCCAUCGAUGAGGAGAAGACCAGACCUCAAAGACAGGAAAAACGUCGUGUCGCUCGUGAAGACGCAAGAACUAAACGCCAGCUGAUGCUGGGCCAUAUAGAACUUACCCAGCAGUUCAAUGCAGACGAUGAAGCUAGGGACUAUGCUGCUGAGGAGGGUUUGUCCCCAGAUGGCUACGCAGAGCAUCAUCAGACAGUGAACGAAACGACUCCAUUUGACAUGUCCAAUUCGGAAUUUUGGUCCUCAUUCUCCAGUAGUGAAGAAGCUUUAUUGGAAUGUGAAGGUCUGAUUCUUAAUCUUCCACUAACACCUCAUCGUGAGUGCCAUGAUGGAGCUGACACAUUAGUCGCAGCUAGGGCUAAUGCGCUGACUUACAGAGUCCCAGCAAACGGCUAUUACUUCUUCGUAUUUAAUUCAGAGAAUGAAGUCCAAAAAAACUUCAUCAAAGCUCGUUUCGACCUUCAGAAGACCAGAUAUGAUGUCGCCAGGACCACGCUCAGGGAGUGCAGGAAUAAGACUGAUAGAUGUGAUCUUCCACUUGAUAUAUUUUCCUCACAAAAGGUAGUCCUUGAGCUGCCCCUUCGAAACAAUGACUCCCUUUGGAACGAACAAUUCGUGAUAAUAUCAGAAUGUGAGCCCCGGACUUCGGUCUACCUUGUGUGCGUACUUGCUGUACCUGUGCUUAUUAUGAUAUUUGCAUUUCAAUGA